UCCAUGGAAAACAUGCGAAACCAGAGCAUUGUAACUGAGUUUAUCCUCUUGGGCCUUUCGAAUAAUCCAAGAGUUCAGAAAAUAGUAUUUGUUGUGUUUUUGUUGGUCUACAUUGCAACUGUUGGAGGCAACAUGCUGAUUGUAGUGACCAUCCUCUGUUGCCCUGCACUACUGGGCUCCCCCAUGUACUUCUUCUUGGCUGUCCUGUCCUUCCUGGAUGCCUGCUUCUCCUCUGUCAUCACACCAAAGAUGGUUGUGGACUCCCUUUAUGAGAGAAAAAUCAUCUCCUAUAAAGGAUGCAUGAUUCAACUUUUUGCUGAGCACUUCCUUGCUGGAGCAGAGGUAAUUGUCCUCACAGCCAUGGCCUAUGACCGCUAUGUGGCCAUUUGCAAGCCCUUGCACUACUCUGCCAUCAUGAACUGGAGGCUCUGUGGCAUUCUGGUGGGGAUGGCCUGGACAGGGGGCUUCUUGCAUUCCAUCAUACAGAUUCUCUUUACUUUCCAGCUGCCCUUCUGUGGACCUAAUGUUAUUGAUCAUUUCAUGUGUGACCUGUACCCAUUACUGGAGCUGGCCUGCACUGACACUCAUGUCCUAGGCCUUCUGGUGAUCGCCAACAGUGGGUUAAUCUGCAUCAUCAACUUCUCCUUGUUGCUUGUAUCCUAUGGCUUCAUCUUGUUCUCCCUGAGAACACACAGUGCUGAGGGGCGGAGGAAAGCUCUGUCCACCUGUGGAUCUCACAUUACUGUUGUAGUUUUGUUCUUUGUCCCAUGCAUAUUUAUAUAUGCACGGCCUCCAUCUGCCUUUCCCUAUGACAAAAUGGUAGCAAUAUUUUACACCAUCCUAACUCCCUUGCUUAAUCCUUUGAUUUACACUUUCAGGAAUAAGGAAGUAAAAAAUUCCAUGAGGAAAUUGUGGAAGAGACUGGUAGUUGUUUCUGAUGAAAGGUAG